AUGGCAUAUGUGGCAUUUCGACAAAUCGGUUUAUUUAUAACGGCAUGCAUAAACGGUCUCAAGCCGCUACUAUCACCAUUGAUUGGAACGCAGCAGCAAUCCAGCUGUUCAGACAAUACUAUUAUAUACCAAAUCUCUAGAAAUGACGAAGCUUUUAGGGACCACGUCAAAUACUUUGCAUUCGAAUUCGAUAAUGUGUUGGACCCAGAUCUGAUACAGAGCUCUCUGAAGAGGCUUCUUGAAAUCGAUCAUUGGCGCAAGAUCGGUGGCCGGAUAAAGUUGAAUGGAAAUGGUCGAAUCACGCUACAUGUGCCGAAGCAUUUCGACUCGCAGAACCCAGCAUUUACCUUCCAUCAUGAAAAGUUCGACAUGGCGGUUUCUGAGCACAUUAUUGCUGCGAAGUUUCCCCCAAUCAAGCAAACCCAACAAUCAAUAGUUUAUCCAAACGACGAUUUUCUAGCGACUUUCGCGCGGACAAAGCAGGCACCUAAGAGUAUUCAUGAGUUCGUCAAAUCUGGGAGUCCGGUACUAAGUGUACUGGUUUCAUCCUUUACGGACGCCACAAUUGUUGGGCUUUGCUGGCCACAUAUCCUCAUGGACGGUCUCGGAUAUAGCGAGUUCUUACACAACUGGUCGCUCGUUUUAGCUGGUGAAGAGGACAAAGUCACUAAGCCGAUCGAUAUCAACUGUGACCCAAUGUGGGAGAUGGCUGAUCCAGCACGUUUCGAUAUCGAGGAGGACUGGGCUUUUGGUCGGCAUCAGCUCCAAGGAGUCGAUCUUCUCUGGUUCCAACUACGGUAUUUAUGGAACGCCAUCUUUAGUUCACCGCCUGAAAGGCGCCUAAUUAUGAUCUCAAAUGAUGCUUUUCAUCGACUUGUGGACAAUACAAGGCUAGAGCUGAAGAAAUGGGCCGAAGAGCAAGGCGAAUCAAAACCACCUUUUAUUAGCGACGGUGAUAUCUUGACUGGCUGGAUAAUGAAAGCUGCGAACAAGCAUAAGACAUCGCGCUCAUCACGACCUACAAUCCUCGGUCAAGCGUUCAAUCUCCGACCAUACUUACGAGAGGAUGUCAUUAAUCCCCCCGAAGCCGUACAAGAAGACGUUAAUCGCAAAGGAGUCUACAUCUCAAACAUGGUCUCCGCAGUCUAUACACUCCUACCGCGAGGAUUUUUACAAGAUGAACCGGUCUUUCGAAUUGCCCUUGAACAGCGAAAGGCAGUACAGCAACAAACAACGGAGAAUCAAGUGUUGGGCUUAUUACGACACCACCGAGAGACCUUUCAACGGACUGGCAAAUACCAACCAAUUUUCGGCACGCACGACAGCGACCUGUAUUUUGUGACAAAUGCGAUCAAGCUUCAGCUUCAGCAUGUGAUUGAUCUCUCGCCAGCAAUAGUCAAGGAUUCGGCAGAAGGAGAUAAUAAGGGUAUAACUCGCAGCAACCUUACUUCUUAUGUGUCUGGGUUUCAAAAGCCCAAUGCUGUGUUUCCUGGUAUUAUUAUACUGAAAGGAAAAGACCAAUUCGGGAACAUUUGGCUGAACCCUACGUUACGUCGAGAUUGCUGGAGGGGUGUAGAAGAAGAGGUCCAGAGACUGUGA